AUGAGUCUUCUUAUGAUUAGUGAGAAUGUAAAAUUGGCUCGUGAAUAUGCAUUGCUGGGAAACUAUGACUCUGCCAUGGUCUAUUAUCAGGGAGUUCUUGACCAAAUGAACAAGUAUCUAUACUCAGUCAAAGACACGUACCUCCAGCAGAAAUGGCAACAGGUGUGGCAGGAAAUAAAUGUGGAAGCUAAGCAUGUUAAGGAUAUCAUGAAAACACUAGAGAGCUUUAAAUUAGACAGCUCUCCUUUGAAAGCUGCACAACAUGAGCUUCCUGCCUCUGAGGGAGAAGUCUGGUCCUUGCCUGUACCUGUUGAACGAAGACCCUCACCAGGUCCUAGAAAACGCCAAUCUUCUCAAAACAGUGACCCUAAAGCACACAGUAACCGUCCAAGUACAACUGUCAGAGUUCACCGUCCAUCUGCACACAACCUUCAAAAUGACAGAGGGAAAGCUGUGCGUUGCCGGGAAAAGAAAGAACAGAAUAAAGGAAGAGAGGAAAAGAACAAAUCACCUGCUGCAGUGACAGAACCAGAGACCAAUAAAUUUGAUAGUACUGGAUAUGAUAAGGAUUUAGUAGAAGCUUUGGAAAGAGAUAUAAUUUCUCAGAAUCCCAAUGUUCGAUGGGAUGAUAUUGCUGAUUUGGUAGAAGCUAAAAAGUUGCUUAAGGAAGCCGUGGUAUUACCAAUGUGGAUGCCAGAAUUCUUUAAGGGCAUCAGGAGACCGUGGAAAGGAGUGUUGAUGGUUGGCCCACCUGGCACGGGAAAGACCCUCCUUGCUAAAGCAGUAGCUACAGAAUGCAAGACAACAUUCUUCAACGUCUCUUCAUCAACGCUGACUUCUAAAUACAGAGGAGAGUCUGAGAAGCUUGUUCGCCUUCUGUUCGAAAUGGCUCGAUUUUAUUCUCCAGCCACCAUAUUUAUUGAUGAGAUUGAUUCCAUCUGUAGUCGCAGAGGGACUUCUGAGGAGCACGAAGCAAGCAGGAGGGUGAAAGCCGAGCUGCUGGUUCAAAUGGAUGGUGUUGGAGGAGCUUCUGAAAAUGACGACCCUUCCAAAAUGGUUAUGGUUCUAGCAGCUACUAAUUUUCCCUGGGAUAUUGAUGAGGCUUUAAGACGACGCCUUGAAAAAAGAAUCUAUAUUCCAUUACCAUCAGCAAAAGGCAGAGAGGAGCUAUUACGAAUAAGUCUCCGUGAGCUGGAAUUGGCUGAUGAUGUUGACCUUGCACGUAUAGCAGAAAACAUGGAAGGUUAUUCAGGUGCAGACAUUACCAACGUGUGCAGGGAUGCAUCCUUGAUGGCAAUGAGAAGGCGCAUUGAAGGUUUGACCCCAGAAGAAAUCCGCAAUCUCUCAAGAGAAGAAAUGCACAUGCCCACAACCAUGGAAGAUUUUGAAAUGGCUUUAAAAAAGGUUUCUAAGUCAGUAUCUGCUGCAGACAUUGAAAGAUAUGAGAAAUGGAUAUUAGAAUUUGGAUCAUGCUAA